UCCGCGGUGGUGCCGGCGGGAGGCGGCGGCGGCGGCGUCGUGCGGGGCUGCCCCGCCAUGGAGGACGUGUGGGCGGCGGCGGCGGCGCGGGUGGGCGCCGUGUGGCUGGCGCUGGUGCUCGGGCUCAUCGUGCUGCCCUCGGCGCUGGGCGUCUCGCUGGGCAUCUCCGAGGCCUACAUGUGGGUGCUGGUGAAGACGCUGGAGUGGGCCACUAUACGGAUAGAAAAAGGUGUCAAAAAGCCACAGCCACAGAUGCUGAAGACUCCUACUGCUAAUGGCAGGCAGGUGCUCAGCCACCUCCAGGAGAGCAGUGCCCCAUCGCGCGGAACAGGUAUCAUUGAAAGAGAUGAAACGCCUAUGGAGAAAGAAAUUGCCCGUCUGCAUCCAGUGAAUUUCGAAUUCUCUGACAUUUUCUACUUCUGCAGAAAAGGGUUUGAGGCCAUUGUGGAAGAUGAAGUCACCCAAAGGUUUUCCUCAGAAGAGCUGCUCUCCUGGAAUCUCCUCACAAGGACUAAUGUCAACUUCCAUUACAUCAGCCUGAGGCUGACUAUUGUGUGGGUCAUUGGGGUUGUAGUGCGGUACUGCUUCCUGCUGCCCCUACGCAUUACACUCGCUACCAUCGGGAUUAUGUCAAUGAUUGUGGGAACAACACUGGUAGGACAGCUGCCAAACAGCAGUGUGAAAAACUACCUGAGUGAAGUGGUCCACCUCACGUGUUCCCGCAUCCUCGUCAGAGCUCUGUCUGGCACUAUCCGUUAUCAUAACAAGGAAAACAGACCUAAGAAAGGAGGAAUUUGUGUUGCCAACCACACAUCACCGAUAGAUGCAAUCAUUCUGACAAAUGAUGGAUGCUAUGCAAUGGUUGGCCAGGUUCAUGGUGGGCUGAUGGGAGUCAUCCAGCGAGCCACGGUCAAGGCCUGUCCUCACGUCUGGUUCGAACGCUCCGAGAUCAAGGAUCGCCAUCUAGUGACGAAAAGACUCAGGGAACAUGUGGCGGAUAAAAGCAAGCUUCCAAUUUUAAUUUUUCCAGAAGGCACCUGCAUAAACAAUACAUCUGUGAUGAUGUUCAAGAAGGGAAGCUUUGAAAUAGGAGGGACAAUCUAUCCUGUUGCAAUCAAAUAUGAUCCUCAGUUUGGAGAUGCAUUCUGGAACAGCAGCAAAUACAACAUCGUGAGCUACCUGCUGCGAAUAAUGACAAGCUGGGCCAUUGUCUGUGACGUGUGGUACUUGCCACCAAUGGUUAGAGAGAAAGAUGAAGAUGCUGUUCAGUUUGCCAACAGAGUGAGGUCAGCCAUUGCUCGCCAAGGAGGACUGACUGAACUUCCCUGGGAUGGAGGUCUGAAACGAGCAAAAGUCAAAGAUACUUUCAGAGAAGAACAGCAGAAAAACUACAGCAAGAUGCUAGUGAGAAAUGGAUCAAUAGCAAGCCUGUCUGCAGGAACAGAGUCAGACUGAAUGGUCGUUCUUGAAAAUUAACUUUGCACAACCAGCCUUAGCAGGAAUAAUGUUUUUUAAUUAAAAAAAAAAAGACAAAAAAUAGAGCAAGACAACAGCAAAACCCUUCAUCACGUGUAUGCAUAUUCUCUGUAUGGCUGGUGCAGAGCCUGCCAAGGACAAUGUCUCUGUAUUCCUCCUUACUCACUCUUCUCACUCUCCUGCCCCUCCCCAUCUUCAUGUGAUGAUGCACUGCAGCUCCUGGUAUUCCCACGCUGAAUGCCAGCAGAGUUAAGAGACACAAGGAAAAUAGCACCCCAGUUUGUCUGAGUUUUUAAGGAUGAAGGGAAGUACACUGAACAGAUGCUGUCAGGAAACGGGUUGUGAAGAUACCUCUUGUUUUUGGUACAUUGAAGGUUUAAAUAUAAAAUGUUGUCUUUUUUUCCCCCUGUGGCUCACAGAGUUUUUGUUGUAGGUUUUUAAAAUAACAUGUUUUAGGAUGUUGUCAGAACUGUAAGAUUCACUCUUUGGUUAGCUUGCACCUGGAUGUGCAAGGAGGGAAUGGAAGCAAGGGCUGCAGAGACCCUAAAAGGAUGGGAAAGGAGCUACCCUGCCAAAAAUACAGUUCAUGGACCAUGAGGAAUUUGGUGGCCUUACAACAUGGUAUCACCUUUACUGAGAACUGCUACCUGAGGGAAGAUAAGAGGCAAGUCCUUAAUGCCCCUGCCCACUGCUGUUGUUGAAAUUGCUUUCCUGAGCUCUGAAACUGUAAAGGUAAGAUACAGGAAACAGUUGGAUAAUGAAUUUUUAUGAAGUGGAUUUUCAAGAGUACCUUUCUGCAAAAAUUGCUGCUGGUGACUUAAAAGUUCUCAAGAGAGCCACUCCAGAAACAUGUUUUGUGUUUUCUGGUCUAGCAAUAGCUAUCACAACUUUAAACAUAGACUCCAAAAGUCACCUAGAUGCGAGACGUGGCAUGUCCAAAUCUGCAAGAUAUUGCUGUCUGAAUGUAAUGAGAAAUAAAUUCUAUAUUUCUAA